GGAUGCAGGAGCCAAAGACGGACAAAGACGAAGAGCACUGCCGCAAAGUGAACGAGUACCUGAACAACCCCCCCAUGCCCGGGGCGCUGGGCGGCAACGCGAGCGGGGGCCACGAGCUCUCGGCGCUGGGGGGUGAGGGUGGCUUGCAAAGCCUUCUGGGAAACAUGAGCCAUAACCAGCUCAUGCAGCUGAUCGGACCAACGGGCUUAGGAGGACUUGGUGGGCUCGGUGCGCUGACUGGUCCUGGUCUGGCCAGCUUACUGGGAAGUGGGGGACCGCCAACCAGCAGCUCAUCAUCAAGCUCUCGCAGCCAAUCAGCUGCUGUGACGCCAUCUUCCACUACUUCUUCUACACGUGUGACACCAGCCCCGUCUGCCCCUGCGGCUGCCGCUGUAACCAGUCCCAGCCCUGUGCCAAGUUCGGGAAACGGAACCAGCUCGGCAGCAAGCCCAACUCAGCCCAUUCAACUGAGUGACCUUCAGAACAUCUUAGCUACUAUGAAUGUACCAUCUGGAGCAGGGGGCCAGCAGGUUGACUUGGCCACUGUGCUGACUCCUGAAAUAAUGGCUCCCAUCCUGGCAAACGCAGAAGUUCAGGAGCGAUUGUUGCCUUAUCUUCCGUCAGGAGAAUCUCUGCCACAGACUGCGGAGGAGAUUCAGAACACUCUGACAUCCCCGCAGUUUCAGCAGGCAUUGAGCAUGUUCAGCGCUGCCUUAGCUUCAGGACAGCUUGGCCCACUGAUGAGUCAGUUUGGCUUACCUGCUGAGGCGGUCGACGCAGCAAACAAAGGCGAUGUAGAAGCAUUUGCCAAAGCAAUGCAGAACAGUGUCAAAUCAGACCAAAAGGAGGGAGAAUCGAAGGACAAGAAAGAUGAAGAGGAAGAUAUGAGUUUAGAUUAAGUUAUUUGCUGCUCCCAUAUGGAUAUUCCUAGAUAUUAACUUAAGCAACUUCAGUAGAAUUACAGACUAACUUCAUAUUAUGCUUAUAUUAAAUCUACAAAUAAAGGGUUUUUCUUUUAUCUGCCA